AUGGACAUAUCGGACGAUUGCUGGGAGCACGUGGGACUGCUUCAAGAGGUCUCCGGCUCGGAACCACCCCCGCCUCCGCCCGCCCCCGACUUCCUAAUUCAGCAACAGGAGCUGCUGGUGAGCGGUGGACAGCCGACGACGGCGACGUCGCCGGCGAUGUCGUCGGGUGGUGCGCUGAGUCCGGGAGCGUUGUCACCGUCCUCGUCGACGACGACGGGGGCCGCAGCCGCGGCGGCAUCAGGUGGGGCGAGCACCCCCGUCGGCGGCACCACCGGGCCCGGUUGCUGCGAGAACGGCAGGCCCAUGAUGACGGAUCCGGUCACAGGACAAACGGUCUGCAGUUGUCAGUACGACAGCGCGGCGAGGCUCGCCCUUGGAGCCUACCCCAGGCUAGCGCCCACGGCGACCUCUUACUCCUCAUACCCUACGCCGACGCCAUCCACCACCGACCAGGGGCCCUAUCCCAGCAUCAGCAUGGACAGCUCCGCGUUCUAUCCUCCUUUGGGAAAUCCGUACGGAUUGAAGGACACGACGGGGAUGGGCAUGACGGCGGAUAUGGGUGCUGCAUGGGGCACGGCCGCCCUUCAACCUGCUGCCACGGGUUACUACCCCUACGAUCCAACCCUGGCCGCCUACGGAUACGGGGCCGGAUACGACCUAGCCGCGCGGCGGAAGAACGCGACGAGGGAGUCGACGGCGACCUUGAAAGCGUGGCUGAACGAGCACAAGAAGAACCCGUACCCGACGAAGGGCGAGAAGAUCAUGCUGGCGAUCAUCACGAAGAUGACGUUGACGCAAGUCUCCACCUGGUUCGCAAACGCGCGACGACGCCUCAAGAAGGAGAACAAGAUGACCUGGGAGCCGAAGAACAAGACCGACGACGACGACGACGCGGUUCUCACGGACUCGGAGGACAACAAGGAGAAGGACGAUCUCGCGGGGGACAAUCAGGGUGACAGGGUCGGCGAAGAAGCAAGGAGGGGUCUCGAGGAAAAUGAGCCAAUGAGGCACGUGAAAGCGGAACACUUGCAGCACGACAAGGAUCUGGACGACGACGACGACCUGGAUCUCGAGGAGGACCCGCGACGGGGCGAGCAUCCUUUUCAUCACGCGAUGCAGCACCAUCAUCAUCAUCACCAAGGUUACGCCGGCGAGGAUCACCUCAAGGACGAGGUCAUAAAGUCUGACUGUAGCGCGGCUGGUGUCCCGAUACCCGCGACGAAGCCAAAAAUCUGGUCCCUGGCGGACACAGCGGCGUGCAAAACCCCUCCACCACCGUCCCAUCCUCAUCAUCAACAGUACCAUCAUCUUCAUCAUCAGCAGCACUACGGUCAGCAGCAGCAUCAUUUGCCGAAUCAGGGUCAUCAUCACCAUCAUUCCCAGCAACCUUGGCUCGGUUCGGGCGGCGGUGGUGGUAACACCGGUAGCGGGGGAGGUGGCGGAAACCUCAGCUCGUUCGCGUUACCCUCAUCCGCGUCGAUGAGUCCCUCGGCGGCAGCGACCGCGCCGUAUUCGAGCGCCGCCGCGAGGUUCGGAGGUUUCCUCUCGUCCUCAUCCGGUGGACAACUCCACUAUAACCCGAACUCGUCGUCCGGCUCGAGCUCGAGCGCCUCCUCCUCGGCGGCGGCGGGGUUUCCCGAGGUUGGUACGGACACUCCACCCCAGACACCGCCCAACAUGAAGGUGGCUACACCGAAUGGAGUGAUCCAGGCACCACCGGCCGGCUACUGCACUGCUGGCAACGGCAACACCACGACCAACGGUAAUCCUAACCCGUACGGGGCCAGCCAUCCAGCCACCGGUUACCUGUCGACGAGCUCCGGCUCCGCGAGCAGCGCAUCCUCGUUCAGCUCCAGGCUGCAGGCCUCACCGCACAAGGACUUCUCGCCGGCGGGACAGAAUUCUAUCCUGCAUCAGCAUCAGACCACUGCCAGCCUGCCGCCCACGGAGGCCACCACUGCGUUCAAACCGUUCUACAAAGGGUCUCAGUCCAUGGGUAGCGGGUUCGUCUCGCCAGUGUAA